AUGUCAGAUUCUAACACAACUGACUUCACCAACCCCUCCGUCUUCAUUCUAUUAGGCAUCCCUGGCCUGGAGGCGGCCCAUGGCUGGAUCUCCAUCCCCUUCUGUGUCAUGUACAUUGUAGCCAUCUUGGGGAACCUCACCAUUCUGUACAUCGUGAAGAAGGAGACGAGCCUCCAUGAGCCCAUAGAGAUCGAUUUUGGUUCUUGCUUUAUCCAGCUGUACCUUGUUCACUGCCUUUUAGUGAUACAGUCUGGGAUGUUCGCAGCCAUGGCUUUUGAUCGCUACGUGGCCAUCUGUAAUCCCUUGAGACAUUCCACCAUCCUGACAAAUUCCGUUGUAGCCAAGAUUUGCCUGGCCGUGGUGCUGCGCGGCUUCAUGAUGAUACUUCCCAUUCCCAUCAUGGGGAGUCGGUGGCCGUACUGCAAAAGCAACAUCAUCCCCCACACGUACUGCAAGCACUUUUCUGUGGUGUCCCUGGCCUGUGCCGACACCCGCCCCACUAGUUACUACAGCCUCUGUGUGACAUACCUUGUGCCCAGUGUGGAUGGGUUUUUAAUAGCCGUGUCCUACACCCAGAUCCUCAGGGCCAUCUUCCGACUGCCCACAAACGAUGCUCGGCUCAAGGCAUUUGGGACAUGUGGGACUCAUCUCUGCGCCCUCUCAGCCUUGUACAUCCCAGACCUCUUUCUCUCCCUCAUGCUGAGGAUUGGUUCUAAUGUGCCCCUGCCUGUGCUCAUCCUCAUGGCCAAUGUUAACCUCUUGGUGCAUCCUAUGCUACACCCGAUCAUCUAUGGGGUGAGGACAAAGCAAAUCCGUGACAGGGUGCUGUGGAUAGUGACUCAGAAAAGGGUCUAA